CCGGGCUUGGGCGGGAGCUGGAUGCGGUGCUAUAAGAGGAGGAACCUCACGAGAAAUCACAACAGCACCAACUGCAAGCACACAAGUAGGCCGCCACAGCCCCAAAGUCCGGGCCCGAUGCCCGCCGCCUGCCCCAGGAUGGGGGCCGCAGCCCCUGCCGCUCUCCUCCUCAUGCUCUUGGCCUCCGGCGCGUCGGCCUCUCAGGGAGGGCCCUCGGAGCAGAGAGAAGCCAUUCCAGAACAUUUCCCCAAAGAAGUGGGCUACGCAGCCCCCCCGGCCCCUUCCAGCCCCCAAGAACCCGACCUCGAGGACCUCAUCGUCUCCCACCGUGCCUUUGAGGGACAGACAGAGACAGUCCACGACUUCUUCGAAGACUUCCCGCCCCAGCAGGCCCAGAGCCCUCAGAAACUGCCUCUGGACAAGAAAGCAGAGCCCUCCCCGGAGGAGGCCGCCCCCAUCCAGAAGGAAAUAGAGCCGCCCCGCCAUCUCCCCCUGGACCAGAGAGAAGCACAGUCUUCUUUGCCCCCUGCGAAGACGGAGCAGAUUCCCCACCAAGAGCAGAGAGAAGUCAUUCGCUCCCAGUUCGGAGAGCAGCUCCCCAGCCACAGGGAAGAGCACAAGCCGCCCCGCUGCCAGCCCGAGAGCCGCACCACGUCCUGGGGUUACCGGCUGGACGGCUUCCCCCCGGGGCGCCCCUCCUCGAAGAACAUCGACCAGAUCUGCCACCCCGACCGCAAGCACGUGGUCUACGGCCCCUGGAACCUGCCCCAGACGGGGUACUCGCACCUCAGCCGCCAGGGCAGCGCCCUCAACUUUCUGGAGACGGGCUACACCCGCUGCUGCCGCCUCCCGAAGGACCGAGAGGACUGCGCCGAGUUUGUGUGGGCCGAUGCCCUGUUUCGGUUCUGUGAGUCUGAGUUCUCGGUCAAGACCAGAGCCCAUUCGUGCUGUUGGCUCCAGGGGGAGGCCCGGCUCUCCUGCUUCCAAGAGGGCGCCCCCCGGCCCGACUACGAGCGCCUCCACGAGCCCUGCCCCCCUCCCACCCCCAGGCCCGCCCCCGGCCUGGAGCUCUCCUUCCCCCCCGGGGUGCCCUCCCCGGCCAACGUUAGGAACAUUUGCCGUCUCCGGCGAUUCCGAACCGUCCCCCGAGGACUCCCCGCCACGGAGCACGUCCAGCGGCAGCUCCGGGUCCUGACGCAGCUGGAGGGCAAGUUCCGGCGCUGCUGCCACCAAGGAGAAAACCACACGUGCGCCCGGCAGGCCUGGGAGGAGGCCCUGGACAGCUACUGCGACGAGGAGCUGGCCAUUAAGACGCACCACCACGUGUGCUGCCAGCACCCUGUCGGCCCGGCCCGCGACAUCUGCUUCGCCCGCCACGCCCCCUACCCCAACUACGACCGCGACAUCCUGACGGUGGACCUGAGCCGCAUCACGCCCCACACCAUGGGCCAGCUCUGCGGCCACCGCAAAGUCCUCACCAAGCAUAAGCAGAUUCCUGGGCUUAUCCGGAACAUGACGGCCCGAUGCUGUGAGCUGGCACCGCCAGAACAAGAGUUCUGCGCAGAGGAGGAGAAAUCAAUCUUCAUCAGAGAUCUUUGUGGCUCCCGACGGGACUUGUGGAGAGAUACCGAAUACUGUUGUGACCAGUCCCCGGGGGACGAACAGACCUGCUGCUUCAAUAUCCACUACCUAAGGAACGUGGCCUUGGUGGCUGGAGUGUCCCAGAAACCCAGAGGAACAACUGAAUUACCUCUUGUCACCCCCACCCCAGAGCACAAAGAAUGAACCAAAGCUGGCUAAACUUUAACAAGGACCUGAAAGGGGAAGGAAACCCCUCUACAAACUGUCUUUCUAAUAAAUACAUUGGUCUUGGA